AUGUCUGGAAGAGAUAUUUUGAUCUUGGGUAUUUUGAACUAUAUCGUCACAGUAAAUACAACGCCGGAAACUAGUUCAUCCAUACCACCUUACUCAUCAACAGUUACCAUGCCUACUAAUGAGUCUAAAUCGACUACAUCCAAACAACCAGCAACAAAGUCACCCAGUAGCAAAGAACCAGCGACAACUAAAUUCAUGCACGAGAUGACGUCAGAGGUCAGUGAUUCAUCGACAGUUACUAAACUGAUUACUGAGAGUAACACAGUAAGUACAGCGCCGGAAACUAGUUCAUCCAUACCACCUUACUCAUCAACAGUUACCAUGCCUACUAAUGAGUCUAAAUCGACUACAUCUAAACAACCAGCAUCAAAGUCACCAAGUAGCAAAGAACCAACGACAACUAAAUCCAAGCACGAGAUGACGUCAGAGGUCAGUGAUUCAUCGACAGUUACUAAACUGAUUACUGAGAGUAACACAGGUUCUCAUCUGCAAUGCCCCACGAUAAUGAACGACAACAAUAAUGCAAUCGAGACUAUUGGCAUUGGUGGACGUUGUUAUUGGUUUGGAAAAAAUAAAUCAACAUGGAAUAUUGCUAGUGAGUGGUGUGAACAUGAAACACGUGGUGGACAUCUUGUAAAGUUUGACAAUGAAGACGAAGAGCGUGAGAUUUACGAGUAUAUAAACAUUAAGACUCUAUACUGGACAAGUGGUAUCUGCACACCAUUAAACAAAACAUAUUACGAUUGUAGUAAAAAAGAAAACUGGGUUUGGUACACUGGUGAUAGUAGUUCAUUGAUGUCAUACGAUAAUUGGUCAGAUGAAGAGCCUUCAAGUUCUAAUGAAAAGAUGUGUAUGGUUUCCACAGGUGGUCCUCAUACUACUGAAAGGAAGUGGUGCUCAGAAGAAUGCAGCGUUGCGUUAGCAUUUAUAUGUGAAUUCG